AUGGCGGACGCCCUCCGAAUCACGGCACCGCCUAACCUGCCCAGCCUCGUCAGGACAGCUUUCUCCCGCGCCGCCGCCAAUGGCGACCUGACAUACUACCAGACCCAGGUGGCCAUCCUCACGCCAGGCUCAAUCCCGCCUUUCCAGCUCCGCUUCUCUCCUUCACUAGCAUCCAAGCCCAAAAACACCAAGCCACAACAACCCAAGGACAAGCCCGCCGCCCCAUUCAACCCUUUCGCAGACCCCGACCCGGCGCUGCUCAUCGCCAGGCUCCCCCAGCCGGCGACACACACCUUGGUGCUGAACAAGUUCGCCAUCGUGCCGGGCCACUUCAUCCUCAUCACCAACGACUUCAAGCCGCAGACGCACCUCCUCGAGGCGGACGACCUGGAGGCGGCGUAUGCGUGUAUCCGCGCUUAUCGCGAGGACGCCGCCCAGCGCAAGGCCACCGUCACCAGCGGCGGCGGCAAUGGCGGAGGCGGCGAGGAGGAGGAACGGGGCAGCGACCUCUUUGUCUUCUUCAACUCCGGCCCCUUCAGCGGAGCAAGCCAGCCUCAUCGGCACUUGCAGCUCCUCCCCAUACAGAACAUGAAGGUCGGGCUGCCACCAUCUUCCGCCCCCACCUCCAUGACCGCUUCCUCAUCUUCCUCCUCUGAUCCCCAGGGUCCAGCUGGAAGUGAUGAAUGGACACCGCUCAUCGACAGCCUUCACCCUGACUCGGCGCAAGAAGAAGAGAGCGCAACAACAAUAAGCAGGAGGAGAAGGUGCCCCUUUGAGAUAUUCUCGACUCCCAUCACACCACAGAUGUCCGCCCAGGAAAGACACGCCGCGUAUAUACAGUUGUACCGCAGAGCCUGUGCGGCGGUGCAGGCGUUCAAGUCCCCGCCGCAGCAGACUCAAAAGCUUCCUCCUCCUCCUCCUCCUCCUCGGCAAGCAGAGUCACCAGCAGAGUCACUAGCGGCAGCGGGGGAAGAAGCUCAGAUCAGCUACAACCUCGCCAUGACGAGUUCGGUCCUGGCCUUGUGUCCGCGGCUCGCCGAGGGGUCAGUCAUAUACGAUGACGCCAGAGGUGGUACAGGCGACGGCAGCGGUGACAGGCCCAUCAUUGGCAAGAUUGAACUCAACGGCACUGUGCUUGCGGGCACCGCGCUCGUCAAGAGUCAGGCCGAGUGGGAUGCGGUGCGCAAAAAUCCGGGCCUGCUGCUCAGUGUGCUCGAAAAGAUUGGCAUACCGACACAGGACGCGCGUCCCAUACCCACAACAAGAGAACUCUCACUUUAA